UGGAGUGGUGGUGGUGGUGGGGGAGUGUUGGUGAGCGUGUGGUGAUGGGUGGCAGCCAGAGACACCACCAAUAACUGUCUGGUUGGAUAUCUUUCCUACAUUCAAACUUCCCUCCUUCAUCUCUCCAUCUAUACCAUAGUUGCCUCCGCAUGUUUGACACUGCCUCACCUCUCACGGAAAGGCACUGAGUAUCAUCAUAAUGCCCAGCUCUAACCGUGACAUUGUUCAGGAGCUUCAAGAGAUUCUUCGUCUCUGGGAAGAAGAUCAGUCUGUUGCUUCUAAAGAUCCAACACCUCAUCUUAUUAAACUAUGUGAGCUAUUUGAACGAGAAACUUUUAACUUCUUAAAAAAGGAUCCAGAUCCUUUUGAUGAUCGCCACCCUGUGACUUCUGAGCCAGAAUGUGCCCUGGGACAAAUUUUACGUGCCCUUUUUAAAAAGGAUAAUUUUGUGACAAAAUUGGUGAAUCAUUAUCUCCGCGAAAAUUAUUUCACUAGUUUAGGCUUGACUCAAGAUUCUACCGACCUUAAUACAGCAGCAUGUCGUCUCUUGUUAGACUUGCUUUAUGGCCUUGACAUUCCUCAGGUAUUCAGCGAAUCGGAGACAACCGUAAUGAGACUUUUCUCGUGGUCAGAGAAAGGCCCAGAACCUCUCCGAACUUAUGCCACAGGCCUCCUUGCGGCAGCCAUGGACAUUCCUGAAAUUGCAGCUUCUUUUAGGGAUUAUAACACCCAUCUUGUACCUAUUAUGCUGAAACGAUUAUGGGAGCUUAAAGAUGAGAGUGGCGGCGUGGAAGAAGAGAAAAGUUCAGGAUCCAAAGUUCCCGAACGUCCUUUUGCCCACCUCAACAAUGAAUCGAUCAGUGCGCCACCUCUCACAAAUGGAGAAGAAGCAGAUCACAAAGACGAAAUUCACGAAUCCAAUUCUAAAAAAGUUAAAUAUGCAUGCACCACCUCACCCAAAAAUACCAACACCAGUGGGACUUUCAACAUUUUUGGCUCGCCCAAGGCAUCACGGGACCUGGGUGAUCCAAUGCUUAACUCUGACUGCUCCAAUUCCUCCUGGGCUGAACUCAGCAGUUACAUCGUAGGAACCUACCAAAUGUAUCCCAUGACACGUGACACGCAGCAGAUAUUUGUUCUUAAAUACCUCCGACCGAUUGGUGAAUACCAAGAGUCUCUGGGUCAUGUAUAUGAACACAACGCCCUUGAAUUAAUCUUCCACUAUAUGAACGUCAGAAAAACUGGAAAUGCUCGCCUUUCCUUUGAAGGCUUGCGUUUCCUUGGUUCACUUCUCUUUCACAAGAAAUUCUGCCUUGAAUUUGUCAAUAUGGGUGGAAUGCAAAAGCUCUUGCAGGUCCCCCGCCCAUCUCUUCCGGCAGAUGGAGUAGCACUCUGCCUUUGGUAUCUAGCUUACUGUGAAGAAGCUGUGGAGCGGAUAUGUCUCCUCCCGGAUAAUGUACUCUGUGAAUUAAUUCGCUAUGCUCUGUGGCUUUUGGAGUGCUCCCAUCAGUCUUCUAGAACUCAUUCAGUUAUGUUCUUUGGCAUGGUUUUCCGCUUUAGAGCAAUUCUAGAAAGAUUCGAUGAGCAGGAUGGCCUUCGUAAAGUUUUAAACAUGCUCUCUACUCUCUCCUUAUUCCAAGAUGUUUGGGAACAAGAUUCUCUUGAUGAACCAAAUGAAGUGAUGAUGUGGCAAACAGUGAAGCAAGUUUGUCUAAGUAUAAAGCACUAUUUUGAAGCCCACCUAGCCUUAAAAGUUCAGCACCUGCAGAGGAUGACGACCAGAGACCACAGUUCAGGAUCACAACACUCCUCACCAGCAUAUAAGGCUGUGAAUGUAACAACAGAAGUAAUUGAGCGCAAUAUUGAAUACCUUCUAGAGAACUUGCCUCAUAGAGCAAGGUGGAAACCAGUGGAACAUUUUGUAUCCCUGAAGGGCCUUCAGUUGUUACUACAGCUGGUGGCAAUGGUACUUAAUGAAUCCUUCAGCCCUAAGAUGGAGACAGCAGUGUUUGCAUUAGACACACUGUAUGUAUGCAGUGUGAUGCCAGCCGUCCAAGGUGCCCUGUGUGAUAAACUAACUAUUCCUGCCAGUGAUGAUCUUCUUCAGACUCUUGACCCUCAGGAAGUUCCAGGUUAUGCAAUCUUGGUAGCUUGCAUUCAUGAAAACACUCAGUCUAUGACCACGUCUCCAGAAGUACAGAAAGCAGCUUUAAAUGUCCUUAUCAAUUGUCUCUGUGCACCUAUUUACCGGCCUGGGAGUGGUAUCAGCAGACAUAGUACAUCUACAACUCCUAAUAGAAAGAAGAGCAAUGGGGAAGAUGUUAUCAACAAAGCUUGGGAUUGUGUAAGAACAAGCAAUGGUAUUAUGUACUUGCUGAAUGUACUCCACAAGAAAAUGCCCAUCACAGAUGCUGACUGCAUCAGAGGGCUUUCCUGUAGAGCUCUGGUGGGUCUGUCAAGAAGUGAUGCAGCACGUCAGAUCAUGAGCAAAUUACCCAUCUUCACUGCUGGACAGUUGCAGUUGCUAAUGAAAGAGCCAAUCCUACAAGACAAGCGGAUGGAGCACGUUAAGUUUCAGCGGCAUGCCUUGGAGUUGAUCAAAGCUGUAUCUGGGCGCACCAAGCACGAAGGUGAUGCUUCCACCGACAUCUCAAUGCAAAGUAUACACAGGGCUGAUGUAGUAGCACAAACAAGAAUCAACUACAACAAGAGGCAGCUGUUGCAGCUGAUACAGACCCACCUGUCCCAGGAGGGUUAUGAAGCAGUGGCAAUGGCGCUUCAACAAGCAGCCCAUCUUCCUCCUCUUCCCGCCUCUGUGCCACAUACUUCUAUGGGACCACCAACAAGGAAUAUGGUGACCCCGCCGCCAUCCAUCAGAGCGCACCGUCUCCUUGCUGGUGCAGGCACUCGUCACUUAUUUGCACAAACUUUGUGCAAAGGUUCACCAGCUAACAGUGGUUCAUUAGCAGCAGUUGCAUCAGCUGCCACUACUUCUUCACCGGUGGCCAAUCCAUCACCCAUCAGCAAUACAUCUAGUCCUGGAGCCUUGCAUAUUAAAAUUAACAGAGCUAGCAAAAGAGAUAGCAGAGGUGUGUCCUUGACGAACAAUAGCAGCAUGUGUCACUUUAGCAAAAUGGAGUCCUCUAACUGUUGUAGCAAUUGUAGUCAAGGCACUGUAGGCAGCAUAGGGAAUUCUGCUCUAUCAGUGCCUGUGGUGACGAAUACAGCGCUGCUCAGUGAACCUACAAUAAGCUUGGACAGAAUCGUCACAGAAUAUCUUAUGAAUCAGCAUGCCCUCUGCAAGAACCCGGUUGUUACCUGUCCAACAUUCGACCUCUUCCAACCACACAGAUGUCCAGAACCUAAAUCACUAAGAGCGCCUCCUACAAACUUCACAAUGCGGUAUGCCAAGAGAUCAUACAAUGUGCCAUUCACUGGUCUUGAAGGCUCUUCUAAUAAUCGAAAGUUUAUCUACAGUAGAUAUCGACCGAUGCAGACUUAUAGACCGACAGAUGAUGAUGACAUUUUUGUUUGCUGUGAAUUCACACCAGAUGACCAGUUUAUUAUUGUUGGCACAACGCGAGGAGAAGUGAGAUUAUUCACUAAAGGCGGGAGUGAGGAAGGCAUAUACACGGUCCACCAGGGAGCUGUGUCCACCUUAGUUACUCAUAGUUCCGGCUCGCUGCUCCUCACUUCUUGUACAGGAGUCCACGAAACAUCUCUCUGGAGCAUCACUGAUCUCUUUGAUGAAAAGUUCACGUUACAUGAAUGCCAGCAUGCCGAUUUCAAUAAUGCUCAAGAUAAAAUCAUUGGCACGAGUGAACAAACGGCAAAGCUUUAUGACCUUAAUACAAGUCAGGUCGUGACCGAGUUUACACCAAAGUUAUCCAACCAUUACAACAUCAACAAGGCUGUCUUGGAUCCCUCAGAUGACCUCAUUCUUACUGAUGGAGUGCUGUUUGACAUACGCACCGGGAAGCAAAUUCACAAGUUCGACAAGAUCAACCCUAUACUUAACGGUGUGUUCCAUCGUAAUGGCCUAGAAAUCAUCAGCUCCUCUGAGAUUUGGGACCUGAGAACAUUUCACCUCUUAAGAACUGUGCCAGUACUAAAUCUCUGUGAUGUCGUCUUCAACCACACCAAUGAUGUUAUAUUCGGCAUCACUGUUGGUGAUCAGCUUGACGAGUUUCAAGAGAAUGCCUUUGAAACGUCAUUUAAGACGGUAGAUGCAGCAGAUUACUCCAGUAUAGCCACAGUUGAUGUUCGCCGCGUGGUAAGCUCACUGGCCAUCAAUCGAAAUGACACGCAGGUAGCCUUAGUAGAAACAGAGAAUGGCACCGAUGACUUAACAGAUGACGCAGUAGUGAGAGUGUAUGAGAUCGGCAUGACCAGACAAGAUGAUGAUGAACUGCCUGAUGAAGAUGAUGAUGAUGACGACCUUGGUAAUGAAGAGGAUGACUCGGAUAGUGAUGAUGAUCCUGAGCAAAACUCACAAGAUGAUAAUGAUGAAGGCAGCCAGGGUGGAGAUGAUGACGAUGAUGGUGAAGACAAUGGUGACGAUGAUGAUGAUGGUAACUUCAGCAAUAUUUCAAGUCUUUUAUUUGAGAAUUCAGAUAGUGAAGAUUCAGACUCAUCUGGUGGUGCAGUAUACUUUGAACUAAAUGGUGAUGGAAAUCCUUCUGACCCAUCUAAUGCAUCACUAAGUGCUUGGCUUCAAGAAAAUGAUGAUGAGGAGGAGGAGGAUGCUGAAGAUGAGGAUUAUGAACCUACAGAAUAAAGAUUACAGUAAUACAAGGUCAGGAUUCCAUAUAAGCCAAUAUUUGUCUUUCUGCAAGUUGUGGCCCGUACAAAAGUUAUCAAUAGUGGGGGUAGUCUUCCUGGAGUGACAUGGCCAUUGGAUAGCCCAGUACGCUCAGUUGGGAAGAUGCCUCGAGUGAUACAAAAGUUCUGCAUAUUGUGAUAAGUGGGAAAGUUAGAUAUGCAGAAGUGUCAAGUACACUUGGGCAGAAGCUUGGAAAGUAUGAAAAUAAAGAGUAAGGAACUUUUUUGGUUUUAACAUUCAACUUCAUAAAUAAAUUCUCCUUAUAUUUUAGCUUUUUUUUUUUUUCAUAUAAUUUGAAGAUAUAUAAUUUCAGUUUAUUCUACACUUAGUUUAUUUUGUUGUCCAAUCUACAUUCAUAUAACUGGCUAUAAGUACAUUACCAGAGUGAAGUCGUUGAUUUUAAUUAAUGUAUAAACAUAAUUUAGUAUAUAACAGUUUUUAAUUUUCUGUGAAAAAUACAUUGUCCAUCCUUUUCAAUUUCAGAUAUGGUAAGCAUUUUGUUAGUAACUGAUUAUUUCAAUGUGGAUAGUUCAAAUUAUUGUGGUGUAUCAAGAACUGGUCAAAGGCUGCAGUUUUUUAAUGACCAAAGUCUUAAUAAUAUUCUGAAAAUGUAAUAUAUUCAAUUAGAUUAUAACUAUUUUAACAAUGAAAAUUUAAGAAAA